AUGAGAUGGCAGAAGGUCAUUUUCUCAGACACCCUGGACCCAACGCGAGCAGUUGGAACCGUGGAGAAUUUAAUCUGUCUGUCGAGCUCUUUGCAUAUGCUGUGGGAUAAGGGAUACUUGGUUUUUCGACCGCCCGCAGAACGUCCUUCGCCUGAUAGCAAGGAAAUGACCGUGGAACUCUUCUGGAGAGGAGACCAUCAGACUAUGGGCAUGGGGGCUGGAAAGUCUUGUGGUUCAGAGAUCAAGAGUGGCGAUCAGGUUAUGCUCAAGACUGAUGACCCGAAACUUCGCCCUCUCCCCAGCUACGAUCUUCUUGAACUGCAUUUUGUCAUGCAGCAGCUCAUUCUACUGUCCGGUGUCGGCAUUACAAGUGAUGAAGACACUACAGGUGAUGAAGAUGAUGACGGUGAGGAUGCAAAUAUGCGUAUUGAGAGGUGGCGAGACGAGAUUGAGUUGCCGUCUGAAUGCUUCGAACCUCCCUGGGGCGGCAUGGAGGGAACACCGUCCGAGUCUGUUCCGCUGCCAGAGGCGAGAAGGGGAAAGUGA